AUGCCGGUUGACGAAUCAGACGUGGAGGCGAUGCAGGCGACGGGAAAUGACGCGGAGUUGAUCGAGGUAUCGGCCAUUGAUGCCACAUCCUCAGAGGCGCAUUGGCUGGCGCGAGACGUCGAGCUGUUCACGCACCUGCGCCUGCAGGCGAUGCUCGAUCAGGAGGAUAGAUGGCGUGUGAUCGCAGCGCCCAGCCUAAACGCUACUGCUGAGAGCCAUCUGCCGGUGAUGAGCAAGCUCGGCUUCGAUGAGGUGUACAUGAUUAACUUGAUCCGUCGACCCGACCGCAGGUCUCAAAUGGACUAUGCCCUGAGUCAGGUCGGAGUGAAGGCCCGUCAUGUGCCCGCGGUGGAUGGUCUCGAGCUGAACCAUGCCCGAGUGGAGGCCUUGGGGAUUCGCCAACUGCCCGGUUACGCGGAUCCAUAUCACAAGAGACCGCUGAAGUUUGGCGAGAUUGGCUGCUUUUUGAGUCACUACUCACUAUGGCAAGUGAGUCUAUUGUUUGCCCUUUCAGAGGCAUCACCCAGUGUUAGGUUGCUGUUUUAG